AUGAUCAGAGUUAAAACUCGCAUAACUGAAAGAAUCGACACCCCUUAUUUUAAAUCUCCUAUAAUUUUGCCUGAAAAGUGUAUUUUUACACAGAGAUUAAUCGAGUAUUAUCAUUGUGUUAACUAUCAUGCUGGUACUCAAAUAUUGUUGAGCAUCAUUCGCGAAAAAUUUUGGAUUGUGAGAGGUAGAAAAGCAAUUCGCAAUAUUGUAAAGAGCUGUAUAAAGUGCAAAAGGUAUACCGCUAAAGUUCAUUUCACCGAGCCUGUUUCUCUUCCCGAGGACCGUGUGAAGGAUGCAUAUGUUUUUGAGGUUGUAGGAGUGGAUCUUGCGGGACUCCUCUACAUCAAGAAAGGUAGCAAAACAUGGGUUGUUUUGUUUACUUGCGCAAUAUACCACGCUGUCCACUUGGAGUUAGUGACCUCUUUAAGUACAGAUUCAUUUCUUUUGGCUUUUCGACGUUUUGUCGCCAGAAGAGGUCGUCCCAGAAAAAUGUAUUCAGACAAUGGCACUAACUUCAAGGGGGCAUACAAUGAUUUGAAUGAAAUUGAUUGGGAUAAAGUUUUGAGAGAGGCAGAGUUACACCAUAUAAACUGGAAAUUUAACCCUCCGUCAGCAGCCUGGUGGGGAGGUUUUUGGGAACGGCUGAUUCGGACACUUAAAGAUCUUUUGAAACGCACGCUAGGAGGAGCUGUUUUGACCUAUGAAGAGUUGCAAACGGUAUUAUGCGACAUCAAGUCUAUUAUGAACUCUAGACCGCUCACCUAUCUGUCCGAAGACUCAACCGAUUUAAAACCUCUUACACCAGCUAUGUUUCUUUUAGAUAACUCAGAAACUAAAGUAAUUGAUAUCGAUAUGGUCGAUGCUCAGCAUUGUCGCAAGCGAAUUCGAUAUAGAAUUCAGCUUAUAGAAUCCUUAAGAAAACGUUUCCGAAAGGAGUACUUGGGACAGUUGAUUUUAAAACAAAAUUUAAAGGGCAAAAAUAUUGAUAUUUCGGUUGGUGAGGUCGUUCUCAUUGGCGAUGACUUUAAGAAGCGUUUGAAUUGGCCAUUAGCCAGGGUGAUAGAGCUUAUCCCUGGUAAAGAUGGGAAAGUUCGAACUGUAAGACUGAAAGCUCAAAAUGGAGAAAUGUUGAGGCCCAUUCAAAGAAUUUAUUCUUUAGAACUCCCUUCUGCUAACAAAUUAAAUUGCCUUUACAGAAAAGGGCCAAAACACCCAUUUCUUUAG